AUGACUAGGGAAAAUAACAAAAUUAGGGAGAUACGCUACAACCUGUGUACAAGCCGGUUUGUUUCAUGUCACCCGCAAAAAGAAAAUCAAACGCCAAAGGAUGUGAAAAAGAUCGAACAUAGAACAGUGUUCCAAAAGUUAAUUGAAGUAGGCACAGACUUUGUUUUUAUAGUAGGACUUGAAAAUAUAUUUGCUUUGGAUGAAAUACGUAGAAAACUUAAAGAAAAGCUUAAACAAUGCCGUGUGUUGAGCUUCACUUUAAGGCCGAGUAAAAUUUAUAUGACCUACUUGGAAGCUAAAUAA